AUGGGCAACAUGGCUACAGAAAUCACUGCUUUUUUCCUGACCAUCUCUGGAUGGAUCUUGGUGUCAUCUACUCUGCCGACAGACUACUGGAAGGUAUCUUCUGUGGAUGGUACGGUCAUUACCACAGCUACCUUCUGGUCCAACUUGUGGAAAACAUGUGUGACAGAUUCCACUGGUGUGUCAAACUGCAAGGACUUUCCUUCAAUGCUGGCUUUGGAUGCGUACAUCCAGGUGUGUCGGGGUUUGAUGAUCGCUGCUGUGAGUCUGGGUUUCUUUGGUGCCAUUCUUGCCUUGGUAGGAAUGAAGUGCACAAAAAUAGGAGGCUCAAAGACAACUAAAGCUCGGUUGACUGUCCUGUCAGGCUUCCACUUUAUUCUUAGUGGCCUCUGCUGCAUGACGGCAUGCUCCAUAUAUGCUCACAGGAUCACAGCUGACUUCUUUGACCCCCUAUUUGUUGCCCAGAAGUUUGAGCUGGGAGCCGCUCUCUUCAUUGGCUGGGCUGGAUCUGUGUUGUGCAUCUUAGGAGGACUUAUCUUCUGCCUCAGCCUGUCUGAAGGCUUCAGUAUCAGAGCUGAAUACUCCUACAGUGGAGCUGCAUCUUUUCCGACAACAUGCAACAAGACCAGUAAGCCAGCCCAGAGGCCAAACAAGGAAACACAGGAGCCAUUGAGGCAGUUUGGAAGAAAUGCAUAUGUGUGA